AUGUCAGCGGUCCCGGGUCCCGAUCUACCGGCUCUGAUUGGCCAGGACGGCAAAACUGCAGCUCCGGUCCAAAAUAUUCUAGUCUUGUCCAAAACACCACUGCCGACCAAUCUUUCGAGGCCAAUCGCAUUUUCUCAGACUUCGCUCUCCUCUGUCCAAGCCGAACCUCCAGCCUCGCCCUUCGCCAUGGUCGUUAAAAUCCGUCUCGCCCGAUUCGGGCGCCGAAACUCUCCCUUCUACAACAUCGUCGUAGCUCAUGCUCGCACUGCGCGCAACUCUCGUCCCCUCGAAAUUAUUGGCACAUACGACCCUAUCCCAAAGCCCGACCCCUAUGACAACUCUGGCAAGCUGCACAAGGACAUCAAGCUUGACUCUCAGCGCGCACGGUACUGGAUUGGUGUCGGCGCUCAGCCCACUGACACGGCAUGGCGACUACUGUCCAUGGUCGGCAUCCUGCCAAAGAGGGACUUUGCUCCAAAGGCAGACGAGUCCAAGGGCAGCGUCAACGCGGGCGAUGUGAAGAUUCGAUAA